AUGGAGCUGCUGGCUGGACAACCUGACUAUGAAGUUGUUGCAAGUGAGGAACAGACUUCUUUAGAUAAACAAGAUAAAGCUGCCAGAAUCAUUCAGCAUGCCUGGAAACGUCUACUUGAUAUUUCCAUAUUCCAUCAUUUUAAAGACAUGAUUGAUAUAAGAAAACAAGGGGAGCCACAUCAAAUAAUGAAAUAUAUUAAUCCUAAAGAGGCUGAAGUUCUAGAUGCUGCUGCUGGCAUUAUUGUACGAUUCCGAUUAGGUGGUGUUAAAUUUCCACCCAGUAUAUACUAUAAAAUAUUCACUCAUAGACAUAUUGAAGAUCUAUGUGCUAACAGCCCUAGAGAUUAUACAAAUCUUCCACCAAAACAUGUAUCUCAUUUCAAAAGUGAGAAUCCCCCGAAAGAUGAUGGGAGUGGCUGGUAUCGUCGUAUAGAGAACAAUGGCUGGAGACCUGUUUCUGAUAGAUUUUGGAUGCCUUCUGAAAAUGAAAUUCUGGAUAACAAAAAGGAAUUAAAAUUCCAUUUCUCUAAACUAAUGAGAAAGAAAGACUUGGAAAAAAGAAGGAAAAGUAGAAAAAUAGAAUGGAUGAAGCAAAUGUAUUAUGCAGGAAGUCUGGAAGCUAAGUCAACCAAUUAUGAAACUCUUGGUUUAAUUCAUGCAGCAGCAAAAGGGUUAAUUAGGACUUUUGAAAAGGAUGGAGUAGACUCUGUGAUGGAAUGGGAAGUGGAUGAAGUACUGAACUGGACAAAUACACUAAACUUUGACAAGAUGGUGGCUCUCUGGCGGUUCAAAUCUACCAGUAACUCUGCAGCAGAAAGAUGGGCAGUAGAAUCGUUCUUGAAUGGCUACUCGGGACGGGAUGGGAGAGAGAAGAAAGUAAAAACUGUGUAUAUUGCCAGCUGGAAGGAAAUUGCAACAAGCAACUCCUCUGAUAACCUCAAAGGCUUCAGUUUUCAGCCAGCACGGGAAAAACCUUACAGCUGUGAAGUUCUGUUAGAGGACAAGCUAGACACCUCAGAUAAGUACUCAAAACCCAGGACUUACACAGAAUCUUAUUAUACUGAAAUGACACCUGAGUCCGUGUACGAAUGGUGA